AUGUCUCCAAGCAAUAGACACACCGCCCAGAUACAUGGCUUGGUUGGGAAGCCCUUACUGUACUUUACCAGUGUUUUCGUAUCAUUGGGUGUUUUCCUUUUUGGUUAUGAUCAGGGUGUUAUGUCGGGUAUAAUCACUGGUUGGUACUUCAAGGAUUACUUCAAUCAACCAUCGCGAGCUGCGAUCGGCACAGUGGUCGCCAUCCUUGAAGUUGGUGCAUUCAUUUCUUCCUUACUCAUCGGCCGGAUUGGCGACUUGAUAGGACGACGGAAGACCAUUCUAUACGGCUCUAUCGUGUUUUCUAUCGGUGGCGCUUUCCAGACUUUCGCAACUGGUCUACCCAUGAUGAUGCUCGGCCGUAUCGUUGCAGGCCUAGGCGUCGGAGCAUUGUCAACAAUAGUACCAGUUUAUCAAUCAGAGAUAUCCCCGCCUCACAACAGGGGCAAGCUAGCGUGUAUCGAGUUUACUGGCAAUAUCUGCGGAUACGCGGCCAGUGUGUGGGUGGAUUUUUUCUGCAGUUACAUCGACAGUGACUAUGCGUGGCGUUUGCCACUGCUAUGCCAAUGCAUUAUGGGUACCCUCCUUGGCCUAGGAAGUCUCAUCAUGUGUGAAUCGCCGAGAUGGUUGUUAGAUAAUGAUCACGAUGAAGAGGGCAUGGUGGUCAUUGCCAACCUAUAUGGGCAGGGUGAUUUGCACAAUGACAAGGCCCGACAGGAGUACCGAGAAAUCAAGAUGAACGUCCUUCUGCAACGGCAGGAAGGCGAAAGAUCCUAUACUGAUAUGUUUAAGCGUUAUCGCAAACGAGUCCUCAUCGCAAUGUCAGCUCAGGCAUUGGCACAGCUGAACGGUAUUAAUGUGAUAUCCUAUUAUGCCCCACUCGUUUUUGAGUCAGCGGGCUGGGCGGGUCGCGAUGCUAUUUUGAUGACCGGAAUCAAUGGGCUCUCGUACCUUGCCUCAACAGUUCCCCCAUGGUAUCUCGUGGACCGCUGGGGAAGGCGCCCGAUCUUGCUUUCCGGGGCGGUUGCAAUGCUUAUCUCUCUGUCUCUGAUAUCUUACUUCAUCUAUAUCGAUGUUGCAGCAACUCCGACUCUGACUGUUAUCUUUGUCAUGAUUUACAAUGCUUCGUUCGGCGCAUCCUGGGGCCCUAUCCCCUGGCUGUACCCCCCCGAGAUCUUGCCCCUGAGCAUCCGUGCCAAAGGGGCCAGUCUUAGCACAGCUACGAACUGGGCUUUCAACUGGCUCGUCGGAGAGGUGACUCCUGUCCUUCAGGCUGCGAUAAAAUGGCGUCUUUACCUUGUCCAUGCCUUCUUUUGUGCUUGUAGUUUUGUACUUGUAUACUUCCUCUAUCCCGAAACGAGCGGUGUACGUCUGGAAGACAUGGACGUCCUCUUUGGUGAUGCGACGACUGCUGUGCCAACACCGGCGACACAAGCUGAGCGUGGAUCGCUUAUGAGCGGCGGCUCGCCGGUGCCUUCCCUCGACAUCAGACGGCAGUAUGGUCAGUUUGGAACGGAAAGCGCCAUUCCUGGUUUAGAUAUUGAUCCACCUAACAUCAGCGCCCAUGAUAAUUCUAAACCUGCAGGGCUUAAUCCUUUGAAUGAAAGCAGCGGACGGCCUGAAGGUAUUGGCGGCUGGAUCUCAAAUAUGGUCAGUCGCCACAGAGCACCGGGACCGCAAGCGAAAAGUAAUCAGUAUAGACGUCUGGGGCAAGAAGAGGAUGAGAACGAUUAG